UCAACUUCAGAGCGGAUUUGCUGUUGUCACUUCGCCUUGUUUACUUUCUUGUCACUUGCUUUUGACCUGGGGAAAGCCAUGGACAUUCUCCGUUUCUCGUGCGGCAUUCUCGGAAAUGCAGUCGGUCUGUUCCUUUUCUUGGCGCCUAUGACCACGUUCAAGAGGAUCGUGAGGAGGCGGUCAACGGAGCAGUUCUCAGGCAUCCCUUACAUAGUAACUCUUCUUAGUUGCAGCCUCUCCACUUGGUAUGGGCUACCAUUCGUAUCUCCGGACAACCUUCUGGUAUUAAUCAUUAGUGGCAUAGGAGUUGUGAUUGAGCUCACGUAUGUUUGGAUCUUCAUCACAUACGCACCAAAGAAGGAGAGUCAAAAGAUCAUGGGACUCUCUGGUCUUGCUCUGAUUCUUGUCUUAACAUUUGCCUUUGUCUCCCUCUUCGCCCUGCAUGGCAAGACCCGGAAACUCUUCUGUGGCAUCAUGCUCGACAUUUUCUCUAUCCUUACGUAUGCUUCACCUCUAUCAGUCAUGAUGUUGGUGAUUAAGACGAAGAGCGUGGAGUUCAUGCCUUUUUUGUUAUCGUUGUCCUCCUUCUUAUGCGGCAUCUUUUGGCUCGCAUAUGGCCUUCUUAGUCAGGACCCCUUUCUCAUCGUGUCCAAUGGACUGGGGACUGGACUAGGGAUUGCCCAACUGAUCUUGUAUGCAAUGUAUGGCAAGAACCAGAGUCAAACAAAAAACGAGGUUAGGGAUGAAUUCGGGGAGAUGGAUCUUGAAAAGACAGGUCAAAAUGAAGAAACGGAGUUGCCACACUCAAGCUUCACCGCUUCUAGCAAAAACUGACCAGCUUUCUUGAAUGUAUUAUCAUUCGAAAUUAAGUGGUGACGGACUUAAGUGAUGAGGUUAUCACCUCAAUGAGAUUUGACAAAGAUCAUCUUUCCUUUUCAUUCCCUCUUCUAUUUUUCGGGUUUUGACUU